AUGCUUGCUAAUGGAGCCAAUGCACAGAACAAUGCCAUAACUCAAUCUUCUGGAAAGGCUGCUGUGUCAAUGGCUGCAACUAAUCUUAAUAUUGGAAUGGACUUGUGGAAUGCAUCUUCUGCAAAGGCUGAUGCUACGAAACUGAGAAACAAUCAACCUGCCCUAGGAGCUGUCAACCCUCCUACUAUAAUGGGACGUGAAGUUGCACUUGGUGAACAGUGGAUACAAGACGAACGUGACCUGAAGAGACAGAAAAGAAAACAGUCUAACAGAGAAUCAGCUAGGAAGUCAAGACUACGCAAGCAGGCUGAGUGCGAGGAGUUGCAAAGAAAGGUGGAGUCACUGGGAAACGAGAGCCAGACUCUGAGAGAAGAACUUCAGAUAGUAUUAGAAGAAUGCAAGAAGCUUACUGCUGAAAAUAAUUCCAUCAAGAUUAUGUCCUCUAACAAUACUUUUGCUGUCAACAGUCAACAGGAAGAGUUGGAAAGGUUAUGUGGACCAGAAGCAAUUGCCAGCCUCGAAUAA